AUGGGUAAAGAGAUGAAAGGUUAUUUCAUUGGCCCGAUGCCAGUUGGGGAGUUUCUCCAGGAAUUUCUCCCAACUUCUCAGAUUCCCGACUAUGAUCCCUUGUCCUUCAAUUUUGUUGUUGGCGCAUUCAGCGACAUGAUUUCUGUUAAAAAUGAGGAACAUGCCUACAAACCCUUCAUUAACACCAUCACACCUUUCGCUCCUCAAUUGUCAUUUGUUGACAUUCACAAUCACCCAGACACACAAAACUGCUUGAAAAUAGAUUCAGUGGUGUUCAAUAUCAAGCCAGACGUCUGCGUGUAUCCCGAUGGACGUGAACCUUCAUCGCACAACUGCAAUGUUUCUGCAACAGAAAUAAUCAUUGAAUUCGAAUGGUCAAACUCCCACGACGCAUUCUGCGACCCUUCUGGAGUUAAUAGUGUUAUAUCCUGCACAGAGAAGGGUAUGGACACGCUGGGUCAAAUAAUGAGCUAUACUGCAGCUCAGCUCGGUACCCAGUUCCAUACCCACACAUUCUCUCUCCUGAUCGUGCGUGAUCACGCUUGCAUCAUCAGAUGGGAUAGGGAGGGGGCUAUCGUCACUAGUGCCAUCGACUACAACAAUGAGCCACACUUGGCUGAUUUCUUUCAUCAUUACACACAAGCAUCACCUGAAAUGUGUGGCGUCGAUACUUCCAUAAUGCUUGCCAGUGACGAGGAGGCUUCCAUCACAAGGUCAUCGCUAAAUAUUCCCAAUACCACUUGUAUGCUCAAAGUCAAUGUCCCUAAUGCUGAGGGCUCUGGCUCGCUCACAUUGAUCUUUCCCCAACCUGCUACAAAAUCUCAUUCACCUAUUGGCCGCUGGACACGUGUGUGUCCUGCAUUUGACCUUGUCAACAAGAAGGUCGUAAUGUUCAAAGAUUCCUGGCGGGUAUCAUUACCCGAUGUCUUGCCGGAAGGCGAGACUUACAAAUUGUUGAAGUCGCACAAGGUUUCCCAUAUCGCAAACUGCAUCGCAUAUCAUGAUGUACCCCCUUCUAUCCCUCAGCAAUCUACUCAGACUGCUAAGUUCAGAUGCGCUCGAUGGGCAAGUCCCCACUUACCUCUCACCCCGCACACUCUACACCAUCUGGUUCUCGAUAUUGUGGGCACAAAAUUGACUGACUUCGAGAGUUCUCAUUAA